AUGGGGUAUGGUGGUGAUCAGGACAUUGGUAUGGGGUAUGGUGGUGAUCAGGUUAUUGGUAUGGGGUAUGGUGGUGAUCAGGACAUCGGUAUGGGGUAUGGUGGUGAUCAGGACAAUGGUAUGGGGUAUAGUGGUGAUCAGGACAUUGGUAUGAUGUAUGGUGGUGAUCAGGACACUGGUAUGGGGUAUGGAGGUGAUCAGAACAUUUGUAUGGGGUAUGGAGGUGAUCAGGACACUGGUAUGGGGUAUAGUGGUGAUCAGGACACUGGUAUGGGGUAUGCUGGUGAUCAGGACACUGGUAUG